AUGAUUCCUAGUAAAUGUAGUAUUUUUUUUCUUGUUAGCAUACUCUCUGGAUGGACUUCUGGUCUUUUCUCUGCUCUUUAUCUGCACCUGCGCUUAUUUCAGGAAGGUCCUCGAUUGCGCACUUGGCUUUUGUCUGAAAAGAAAGGUGUAUGGGGAGUCUUCUAUAAAGCUGCAGUCAUCGGUUCUCGUCUACACCUGGCUGUCUCUCUGUCCUGUUUUGCUAUGGCCUUUUAUGUACUGUUUAUAAAGUGA